UCAGCCCUACUGCAGCAGGUGAGUGAGUGUUGAAAAAUCCCACUACAGGAUUCUGGAGCAGGAGAAUGAGUAAGUUGAAGGUCAUGUUUAUAAUGCAGCAGGCCAGUGAGUGACUGGCAGGUCCAACCUAUACCGCAGGAAGUGCUGAAGUGGCGACUACCAGAUGUUGCAGACCCAGGAAAUUAAUGACUGAAAGAGCGAAGCCAAGAGCUGGAAUUGCGAUGGAACAGAACACUGAUAGAGAGGAGUAAGAGAGGGCAGAUCGGGACUGGAGAGCUGAGCAGAUACUUGCAUCACCCUGCACGCUCUCUCUAUGUUCCUUUCUGCAGCCUAACUUGAACGGAGGACAGCCGGUAUCCUUCAACAUGACCCGCUCAGAUUCGCUGUGAUGAUGCUGACGCAGUGGCCCAAUCUAUUCCCUGCAGUUUAACCCAUUCAGGAGACGGGGCAGAGCAUUGUGAGAGGGGGCAGAGGACAAGGUUAGUUAAGAUGCAGUGAGUAAGUGACACCAAGUUUGGGAUUUUAAUACGUGCAGCUUGCAGGAGGUGGGACUGACAGAGUAAGCAGAUGUGCAUUUUUAGAAUCCCAGAACGUACGAGAUGCAAUGACACUUGACGUCAACGUGAGGAACCAGAGUAAACACAACGGGAUUUAGUCCUCGGGAUCAAGUCAAGCAAUCCACCAAAGACCCGUUUCUCAUGGCUUAUGCUACAAUAUCACUGUGGGCCUAGGCAAGCGGAAAGAACCAAAGAGAGUGUAGAAGAUGGAGAAUCAUGGGGAAAUUGAAGAGGUGACAGCUCAUCCUCAAAACCUCUACACCAUUUUGCUGCUGGUUCUGGUGUUCUUUGUGAUGGGGCUAAUGGGCGUCCUGCUAUGCCACAUCUUGAAGGAGAAGGGCUAUCACUGCCGGACAUCACGGGAGAUGGACGCAGAACAAGAGGACACUGUUCCACCAGAUGAUGUUCAGGAAACUAGCAAAUCGAACCAGGAUACCGUUGGACAGAUUGUGCAAUGCAUAAUUGAAAAUGAAGCUAACGUGGAGGCGCUCAACGAGUUGCUAAGGGAACAUGAACAGGUGAAACCUCCAGUACCCAGCAUCAUGAACCUCACAGAUGCGGCCAUACUGGAGAGUCAGCGCCUUAUGUUACACUCGCAAGGCUCCAAGAGUCCAAUUUUCCCUGAACCAGCUGUGACAAGAGCUCCUCCCCUGAUCCAUCACCAUCAUACUGUGCACUCUGUGACUGCAGGAAGUGCUGGAUCAGCCUGUCUGAGCUGCAAUCAGAGAAGGAAGAGAUCUGCAUUGCAGAUACACAGACGAGCCAAAGAGACCAAGAGCAGGAAUCAUGGAGUGGAGGUCACUGUCCUCUCUGUGGGCAGGUUUCGGGUUACACGUGUUGGGAAAGGUCAGUGGGCGCAGGAACUGAGCAGGCUGCCUGCGAUUGAAACAUGUUCUCGGGGUCAUUCAACGCAGACAGACUCGGAGUGUGAGAAACCCACCACCCAUGAAAGCACAGCCAAUGAGGAGACGAUAAAGGAGUCUGAUCCUGCCCAGCUGUGACUCGAGAAUGAGCUUCUCACAGG